AUGGCGAGACUUUUCUGGGUUGGCAUUGCAAUAGGAAUUGUUUUAAGCAACUGGGUUGAUGGAUUUGUAGGCUAUGAAUAUCACUUCAAUGAAACGGAGCUUUCUUUGUUGGAGUCUCAUGAAGCAUCCUUAUCCUUGCUCGGGAGGAAUCCUCUGCUGGUAGGACUCACCCUUAUUCAUAGUGCUGCUGCUAAAGGAGCAGUCUGCUUGGAUGGAACCUUACCUGGUUAUCAUUUGCAUCGGGGAUAUGGAUCAGGAGCAAACAGUUGGGUUAUUAAUUUAGAGGGAGGUGGAUGGUGUAAUAAUAUUAGAACAUGUGUUUAUCGCAAGAAAACACGGCGCGGAUCAUCAGCAUUCAUGGAAAAGGAGAUACCUUUUACGGGAAUACUAAGCAAUAAUGCUGAAGAAAAUCCAGAUUUUUUCAAUUGGAACAGAGUAAAGCUUCGUUAUUGUGAUGGUGCCUCAUUUUCUGGGGAUGGCGAAGAUCGGACUGCAGAACUGCAAUUUAGAGGACAGCGUAUUUGGGCAGCUGCAAUGGAAGAUUUAAUGUCAAAGGGAAUGCGUUUUGCCAACCAGGCUCUUCUUUCGGGAUGCUCAGCCGGUGGCCUGGCUACUAUCAUACACUGUGAUGAAUUUCGAGGUCUCUUUCCCAUGACUACCAAAGUGAAGUGUCUAAGUGAUGCUGGAUUGUUUCUUGAUGCGAUUGAUGUAUCUGGCGGGCAUACCCUCAGGAAUUUAUACAGUGGUGUCGUAGGAUUGCAGAGAGCACAGAAUAAUCUGCCACAUAUCUGUACUAAUCACCUUGACCCCAUCUCGUGCUUCUUCCCUCAGAACUUGAUUGCCAGUGUUAGAACCCCGCUAUUCAUUCUUAAUGCUGCUUAUGAUUCAUGGCAGAUCCAGGCCAGUAUAGCUCCUCCAUCAGCAGAUCCCCAUGGCUAUUGGCAUGAAUGCAGAUUAAACCAUGCUAAAUGCACUAGAUCACAAAUUCAAUUUCUGCAAGGAUUCAGGAAUCACAUGCUGAAUGCUAUUAAAGACUUCUCAAGAUCAAACCGAAAUGGAUUGUUUAUUAAUUCAUGUUUUGCUCACUGCCAAACCGAGAGGCAGGAUACAUGGUUCGCUGAAAAUUCUCCAGUUAUUAGGAACAAGGGAAUUGCUGUGGCUGUUGGAGACUGGUAUUUCGACCGAGCACGUGUUAAGGCCAUUGAUUGUCCUUACCCUUGUGAUAAUACGUGUCAUCAUCUGACUUUCCGAUAAGCCAAAUUCCAUCCAUCAUCUCCUUCAUUCUUACGCUUCUUCUCAUCA